GAGGCGCGUGCGGGGCCUGGGGCAGGCAGGAUGGCGCAGGGCCUGGGGGAGCGGGGCGGCGGGACACCCCCGCGCUGGCUGGUCUGGGGCGGCAGCAGGGGCCGGUCCUGCGGGGUGGACGUUCGCGAAUGCCGCGGCCCCCGAGGCUGCCCCUGGCCGGAGAACAGCAGGUGUCAGCCAAGAGGUUAGCAUUGCUAAAGAUGAGACGGUCUGCAGCACCAAGUCAGAUGCAGGGAAAUUCCUUUAAAAAAACAAGAUUCAUACCUCCAGGAAGAAGUAAUACAGGUGUGAGUAAGGAGGUUACAAAGAUGAGUCCAAAUACAAAACUGUUUCAGGGUGCUGAACAGUCACAGAGUGAUCCAGAUGUAUGCAGUUCAAAUCCCUGUCCCACUGAGGGAAGCCCUAGGGAAUUAGGUGAUGGGGCUAGAGUAGAUCCACUUCUUCCAGUUCAUUCGGCCUCUAAAGAAAUUGUAGAGUCCAAGGCACAAGAAGAAGCAGCUAGCAGAUUGCUUAAAUAUUUCAGUGUUGUUUGGUGUAAAGCGUCAAAGAAAAAACACAAAAAAUGGGAAGGCGAUGCUAUUCUUAUUGUAAAAGGAAGGUCUUUCACAUUGAAAGAUUUGGAAGGAAAAGAUAUUGGAAAAGGCAUUGGAUAUAAAUUCAAGGAGCUUGAAAACGUAGAAGAAGGCCAAACAUUGAUGAUUGGUGGGAAAGAAAUAGAAAUCCUGGGUACAGUCUCUCCUGAUGACUUCAACAGUGGCAAGUGUUUUCAGUGUGGAAGUGGAAGUCCUUCUGUCCCAAGUUCUCAGGCUGCCAGGAGAUGCUCUUCUACCCCUUUCAAAAGUGUGUGUCAGUCAACCCAAGCAAAGGGAAACAGAUGGAAUGACUGGCAAAACUGCAAACCACGUCAUGACCCGGACACACCAAAUGCCCUUGUUAUGCCUCGACCAGACAAGAAUCACCAAUGGAUGUUUAAUAGGCACUGCUUUCCCAUUGUGGAUGUGGUGAUAGACCCUCACCUUGUACGCCACCUCCGACCACAUCAGAAAGAUGGAAUUGUCUUCCUCUAUGAGUGUGUGAUGGGAAUGAGAGCAAUUGGCAAAUGUGGUGCUAUUCUUGCUGAUGAAAUGGGCUUAGGAAAAACAUUGCAGUGUAUCUCGCUCAUCUGGACCCUAAAGUGUCAGGGGCCCUAUGGUGGCAAGCCAGUGAUAAAUAAGACACUUAUUGUUACUCCUGGAAGCCUGGUGAAUAAUUGGAGGAAAGAAUUUCAAAAAUGGCUGGGAAGCGAAAGGAUCAAGAUAUUCACUGUUGAUCAGGACCAUAAAGUCAAGGAGUUUAUCAAUUCUACAUUUCAUUCUGUUCUUAUCAUCAGUUAUGAAAUGUUGCUUCGUUCCCUAGAUCAAAUUAAGACUAUACCAUUUGGCCUUCUGAUCUGUGAUGAGGGGCACCGGUUGAAGAACAGUAGUAUCAAGACAACGGCAGCCCUUUCUAGCCUCUCUUGUGAGAAGAGAGUAAUUCUCACUGGUACUCCAGUUCAGAAUGAUUUGCAAGAGUUCUUUGCAUUAGUUGAUUUUGUUAAUCCAGGAAUAUUAGGGUCUCUGUCAUCUUAUAGGAAGAUAUAUGAAGAACCCAUCAUUAUGUCAAGAGAGCCUUCUUCUCCUGAGGAAGAGAAAGAGUUAGGGGAGAGAAGAGCAAGUGAACUCACGCGUCUCACUGGACGUUUUAUCCUUAGAAGAACUCAGGAAGUCAUCAAUAAAUACCUGCCCCCUAAGAUAGAGAACGUAGUCUUUUGCCGACCAGGAGCAUUGCAGAUUGCACUUUACCGAAAGCUGCUGAGUUCUCAGUCUGUGAGGUCCUGUCUGCAAGGACUAUUGGAAAAUAGUGAUCACCUCGUCUGCAUAGGAGCCCUAAAGAAGCUGUGCAACCACCCAUGCCUCUUGUUCAGCUCUGUGAAGGGUAAAGAAUUUAGCUCGAGUUGUGAUGAAAAUGAAGAAAGGAAUCUAUGCCAAGGCUUGCUGACUGUGUUCCCUGCUGGCUACAACUCUCUGCAGUUCUCUGAGAAUGAAUCAGGAAAACUACAGGUGUUAGUAAAGCUCCUGGCAGUGAUCCAUGAACUUCGUCCCACUGAAAAAGUGAUUUUGGUAUCCAACUACAGACAAACCUUGAAUGUUUUAGAAGAAGUAUGCAAGCGUCAUGGAUAUGCUUGUGGAAGACUUGAUGGCCAAACACCAGUCUCUCAAAGGCAGCAAAUUGUUGACAGUUUCAAUAGUAAAUACUCUACUAAUUUUAUUUUUUUAUUAAGUUCAAAAGCUGGUGGUGUGGGACUUAAUCUUAUUGGAGGAUCUCACUUAAUUCUCUAUGAUAUCGAUUGGAACCCAGCCACUGACAUCCAGGCUAUGUCUAGAGUAUGGAGAGAUGGUCAGAAACAUCCUGUACAUAUUUAUAGACUCCUGACUACAGGUACGAUAGAGGAAAAGAUCUAUCAGAGGCAGAUCAGUAAGCAAGGCCUUUCUGGGGCAGUUGUAGACCUAACCAGAUCAUCUGAACAUAUCCAAUUUUCUGUGGAAGAGCUUAAAAACUUGUUCACACUACAUGAAAAUUCACAUUGUGUUACUCAUGACCUGCUUGACUGUGAGUGCACAGGGCAAAAAGGUCACACUGAUGAUGUGUCAGAAAGCCCUGCCGCCUCUAGACAGUGUCAGCUCGGCCCUCAGAAGUCUGACUCCUCGAGACCUCUGUCCAUGUCACAGUUGAAGCAGUGGAAACACUUUUCUGGAGACCAUUUAAAUCUUCCAGACCCAUUUCUCGAAAGAAUAAGGCAAAAUGUGUCGUUCUUUUUCCAGAAUAUAACCAACCAAGGUUCUGCCAUUUAAUGGACUACCUCCUAACAUUCCUUUGCACCCCUUAAAAACUAAGAGGAAUUUAAUGUAAUUUUGAAAAUGAACAAAAUUAUUUAAAUUAUGAUAGUGAGCUUUUGUUUCACAAUAUGCCUACUUAAAUACAAUAAAAGUUGAGUUAUUUGC